UGCGUGUGUGCACGUGUGUGCGUGCGUGCGGAUAUAUGUGACCGGCCCUGUCAAUGCGGGGAUUUGGCCAGUGUGUCAGUGUGAAAGAAGACAAUUGACUCGCAGCCGCCGUCCGUCGGACGGUGCUCGGCUCUCGGCGGGGGUUUUUCUGACGUCACAUCCUGCCCCGCGGCCUGCACGAGCCGCGAUCUCAUCUGGACCACGGCGCUCGAAGGUACGCAGAUUCGUGCACUCGGCGCAAAGCCCGCUAGCUAGAGUUUGAAAAGCUCGGUUGAGUGGAUGCCUCCUGCGGGGAUCGCCGGCGAGACAGUAAUGUUGUCGAGAUUGUUACGCGGAACGAUGAUCCACCGCGACAAGAGGAUCCUUAGGAUCUUUUUCUUGCUCAACUUAAUUGCAAAAAUUUCGGCGAAUCGGACAGAGUCGCCAAAAAUAGAUAUAGUCGAGGAAACGGAAGUUCUUACCACAACCAGGAAAGAAUUGCCGGACAAGUGCCUUGUAAAAAUGGGAGAGCAAGGACCUUGCAAGCAAUAUAUAUACAAGUGGACUUUCAACAAGACCAAAGGAGAGUGUCAGACGUUUAUCUACGGCGGUUGUUUGGGAAAUGAGAAUCGUUUCAAUUCGGAAGACGAGUGUCUUCAUUACUGCGUCGGCGGUCCUGAUCACACAUUACCCCCUUAUCUCGUGACGAAAGGCAGUGUGUUCGUCACAACGAGCACUACGACAACGAGCACUCCACCCCCGACGACUUCCAGCACACCACGACCAACUUUCAGACCUCCAAAACCGACAAAACCGCCAGUGCCGAGACAUCAAAGAGGAAUGGAAUUAACGUUUAUGGAAACUGGAUACGAGAAGACGUUUAUGUUUGCACAAAGUAAUACUUUUAUUCAGCUUGAUGGUCCCGGCAUCAAACCGUUCCAAUUGAGAUUAUGCCGUGAGAUAUCUUUCAAGUUCCGCACCAAACUUCCGCACGGCUUGUUGGUUUAUCAUAGCGUUAAAGAUCGGCCGGAGAGUCUUGACCCUUAUGCCCUUUACGUGAUAGUGGAGAAAGGCCAACUGAAGGUUGUUCACGUCUUCGGAAAACAAUCCACCAGUCUGACGGUCGGUGAAGGUCUUAACAGAGACGAAUGGCACAGCGUUCGCGUGAGAAUCGACGUGCACGGGGCAAAGUUAAUCGCCCGAGUCGAUGAUAAGCAGGCGGAGACCACUCUGAAAGUUCUGGAACGCGUCGUUAAUUAUGGUGUAUCCGAGGAACUAGCGUCGGUCGUUCUUAUUGGAGGAUUAAGCUCGGAGGAACGAUUACACGGAGUGAAAUACAUAAUCGAAUCUUUCGUCGGUUGCAUCAGGGAUAUGAUUUUGAGAUCUGGAAAAUCGGCCAGCGAUUUGCUACCAAUUCAUCCGUUAAUCGCGACCAAACACGAAAAUGUUAAGGAAGGCUGUAUUGACAAAUGCAGAACACGGGAGAAUUUGUGCUUCAGUCCAAAUCAGUGUGUGAAUCAUUACAACAGUCUAACAUGCGACUGUUUCGGAACGCAAUACGAGGGCGAACGUUGCGAUGUGUACACGGCGACGAUACUAACGCUGAGAGGUUCCUCUUACGUGUCUUUCCGCGUGUACGAUUGGAAGGAUCGUGUUCACUCGUCUGUCAACAGAAUCAGUCUCGCUUUUAAGACAAAAUGGGACGAUUCUGUCUUAUUUUACGCGUCCGGCGAGAUUGACGACACGCCGCAUUAUGUUGCGGCUUCUAUUAUAAACGGAUCGGUCUAUGUUGAACUGGAUUUUGGGCACAACUCGAAGAUCUUUACAAUGCUCGGCGAUUAUGUUACGUCCGAUCAUUGGAACAACUUGACGAUAUUUCACAAUGGAACACUCGUCUUUGUCAGUUUAGACGACGAGGUAAAGGUGCUAGAAGUACCGGGCGACAAUUACAAUAUGAUCAUCGAUCCGGAGAUAUACAUCGGUGGUGGCCCGGAACUCCACAAGAAACAGGGUCUUCGGUCGUACAAUAAUUUCGCAGGUUCUCUGAAGUACGUGUUUUUCAACGACAAAUCGAUUAUAUACGAACUAAAACGAUCCAAUCCUAUGGUGCAUUAUAUUGGUGUAUUGGAGCCGGAGUACUACGAAGCCGACGUCGAUGUUAUUCCGAUCACAUAUCCUUUCGCAGGAAGUCAUAUCUGGUGGCCCAUAGAACGAACCGAUUCGUUGAAGUUGAAUUUCGAUUUCAAGAGUUCAAAACCAAUCGCGAUCGUCGCCUCGGGAGAUGUAAAGAGUGAUCGUGGCGUUGGCUAUUGGGAGCUUCGUCAAGUAAACGACGAGAUUCGUUUUCAAUUGGUACCAGUCAUAUCGGAAAACAUCACGGUGUCAACCUCGGUGAAGUUUCCGCCUUACAACACUUCUUGGCACGCGAUCGAACUUAAUUAUACAAAAGGCGUGCUCAGCAUUCUGCUUGAUUACAGAAAUAGACAAAGCAAAACUUUCGGCUCUAUGACGUUCGAACUGGAUGAUAAAGUCAUUAUAGGAAGUGGCAAAAGUAAUGCAGGUCUAGUAGGAUGUAUGCGUGAGAUACGAGUAAACGAUCAAAGAAUCGAGCCAAGAUACGUGAUCAAUACCGACAGAGUGGUCGGAGAAGUCGCUUUGGACAAUUGUCAGUUUGUAGAUCCGUGUAAGAGACCGAACACUUGCGAACACGGUGGCAAAUGCUCGGUCAAGGAAGACAGAAUCACGUGCGAUUGUACAGAUACCGGAUACAUUGGAAAAAACUGUCACUUCGCACAAUAUAGAAAAACCUGUGAAGAGUUAGCUCUCUUAGGAUACACGCAGGACGACGUUUACAAAAUCGACAUCGACGGCAACGGCCGAUUUCCGCCUGCCCUGGUCAAAUGCGAAUUCCAGUCGAUCGAGGACUCGACCAAAACGAUUGUCGAGCACAAUUUACCUUCCCAAGUAGACGUCAGAUCCAACAGCGAAAGUGACUUCUCUUUCAGCAUCAAGUACAGACAAUUUACCGCUGAAAUGCUCCAGGAACUGAUCUCGCACUCGCUUUACUGUAGUCAAUACGUAAAGUACGAUUGCUACAAAGCACCUCUGGAGUUGCACAGCGCCACGUGGUUCCUCGGAUCCAAAGGCACCACUGUCGAUUAUAUUGGAAAUGUAAAUCGCGGAUCCUGUCCUUGCGGAAUGAACAGAACAUGCGUAACGCCCAACUUGAGCUGCAACUGCGACGUGUCGACCGGAAACGCCGGAAAGUGGCUGUCGGAUGAGGGAUAUUACGAAACGCCGGAUUCUUUAGGCAUUACGGGAAUGGUGUUCCUGCAACAAAGAGAUCUCGAAGAAGACGCUCGGGGACGUAUCACGUUGGGACCAUUAGAAUGCGUCGAAACAAACACGCAGAAGUACGUCGUGACAUUUACGACGUCGCAAUCGUACAUCGAAGUGCCUGGUUGGAGAAAAGGCGAUAUAGCUUUCAGCUUUCGAACAACAGGCGAAAAGGCUAUCCUCUUGUAUCAGCCGCCUAUUAGAAGCAACUAUCCUUCCUUUAUGGUUGCGCUGACGUCCGAGUAUCGAUUGACCUUCCACUUCACUCUGAAUACCGGUACUGUGCGCGAGCUCGAGGUGAAAAGCCGACGGAAACUCAACAAUGGCGAGUGGCAGAAGAUCUGGAUCGAUUAUAAUGACUAUCACGUGAGAUUCAUGAUCAACACCGACGCCGAAAUGGUGGACUUGUUGCCCGAUGAAGAGUUUGGACCUUUCGAAGGAUCCAUGUUUAUUGGUGGUGCUACCGCAGAACACUUAAAGAAUUCUUCCGUUCGGCAAGGUCUCAUCGGUUGCUUCCGCGGACUCGUUGUCAACGGAGAAAUAUUAGAUAUUCACAGUUACAUGUCGGUACACUUGUCGGAAAUCAUCAAAGAUUGUAAGCCUUCGUGUCAACCUAACAAGUGUCAGAACGGAGCCAGAUGCGUCGAACUGUGGAGCAAUUUCGAAUGCGUAUGCGAAAAUCGAUGGGCACACUUGGGCACUUAUUGCGAAACCAACAUCAACAACAAAUCGCUCACAUUUACCUCGUCCGGAGCGUUUCUGAAAAAGAAUUAUUUCGGACCGGACGACAAUGAAGAGAAGCUGCAGCUGAAAAGCAUGCUGCUUGAAAAUAUUUUGAUCAAUUUGAGAACUUACGACAAACAUUCUCUCAUACUUUACGCGAACGAUCAUUUGAACAACUUCGUGCAUCUUUACAUCUCGAACGGCACGAACAUUGUGUAUCUCUUCAACGCCGCCAACGAAAUCAAGAACAUCACCGUGUCGAAUCCGAAUGUCAACACGGGAAUCUCGGUACAGAUCGCCAUAAUUCGAGGCGAAAAUUGGACUACGCUGUACGUGAAUGAAUACAACGUCACAUUGAACGCGACGCCAAUACUUCUGGACACGUAUUCAAACAAACCUUGGAUAAAUCCGGAGAAAGAAGUUCUGGCACCUCAGCGCCCGCCGGCGCCUCCUACUGAUUAUUUUCAAGUGAAUUUAGGAGGAUUCGAUCCUGAUAAUCUGCUUAGAGUAGGCAAAGAAGGCGCUUUAAUUCAAGGCUACGUUGGCUGCUUGCGAGGACUCAUGAUCGGCAAAUAUCUGGUCGACUUGCCGAGCUUAGCUAGCGAAGCGAAUCACGAAGGCAGCAAAGGUGUUCUGCCGAACUGUCAAAUGAAAUGCGACGCGAUGCCUUGCAAAAAUUUGGGAAUCUGCACGGAAGAUUUUGACAGGCAAGAGUCUUCCUGUAACUGUGAGCUGACGUCUUAUUUUGGCGAAUAUUGUGCCGACGAAAAGGGCGCCGACUUCAGCGGGGACAGCGUACUUCAACGUGAGUUCGAUCUCGAAGGUGAGGUGAACCAGGUGAAAGUUCAACUGGCGUUCUCGACAACCGAACUGCGACACCGAACCGCCGCGUUGCUGCUGGUACAGACCGACAACAAAAGGAGCUACUACUUAUUGGUGGCCUUGACGUCCGAGGGACAGCUCAUCUUCGAGGAGGACAGGGAGGACGGCUUGGCGACUUACGGAGCACGUUUGAGCAAUCGGAACUAUCUGAACGGUGCACGUCACAGCGUCUAUUACGUUCGUGAUAAUAACACGGCCACUUUAUUAAUCGACCGAGAGCCUGUUCAAUUGGCGGCAAUACCAAGAAUACCACCAAACGAAGACGACAGUUCAGGUGCCACGGAGAUCCAGCUUGGUGGGUUGAACACCACUGAUUCUCGGUUCAGCGCUUAUAAAGGAUACACUGGUUGUCUCAGCAACGUCGUAAUAUCGAUCAACGGUGGUCCUGGAAUGAAGCCGUUGGAGGAAUACAUGCUCUUCACGAAACAGGGCAGUGAAACUGUUCGAGCAACGAUUCCUGCCGGUGUUAGAAGCGCUCAGUGUGCUGUCUUUCAUGCUCAACCGGACGGUCUUGAACCGCCCAGAAAUGACAGUGUGGAUCGUGAUCGGGCGUGGGUCGAGGACCCGCCGGAGAGAAUUCUAUACAAGUCGCAGUAUUCGGAUGCCACUCAAGAGGAGCAGGGUGCUGGCACAUACAUCUUCAUAGCUCUAUGCUGUAUCUUCGUAGCCGCGGUGGUUGGAUGUAUUUACGAGGUGUGGCGAAGUGCGCGCAAGGAUCGUCAACGACGCCGCAAUGCGGCAUCGGGAGCAAUGGCGACUUCUGCGGUCGCUUCCGGCUCGCAGCGAUGGCAAUCGCAACAGUACACGGAAUCUCUGGUGAGCACGACUGGCGUGAAGACGGUCGGCUUCAAGAUGGACGACGACAAGAGGCCGAACGGUACCCACGUGAAAGUUCCUAGUACCAAGGAAUACAAACCACUGCCGAAUACGGAGCCCAAGGACUUAAUAAACGAUAAGAAGGUUCACAUAAAAGCAGAAGAAGAUCCAGAGAAAAAGGAGCUCCUAGGGGUAAAUACAGGCAUCGUCACUAAACCUGCGAAACCAAACCCAUUUUCGAUGGAAGAUCUGAGAGAAGAACCUGAGUUAGAAGAACGCGAAGAAGAAGAGGAAGAAGAAGAAGAGGAUGAAGACAUACAGGAACCAGAAACAGAUGAAAAGAAGGACGAAUCGCAGGAAAAAGAAGACGAAGAUCAGAAAGAGGAGAAAGAAGACGAGAACAACGAUCAAGACGGCGAGCUUUCUCUUAGGCCGGUAAGAAACAGAGCAAGAAGAACUUUCUUGACUGACGAAUUGUUGGACCCAGACGGCACGCAGUGCCUCCUCGAGACGAACUUCUCCGUGACGGGUUUGAAUGAGAUCAAAACCGAGCGUAUAACACCCGCGGCGAACAAUACGACGAAGAAUACUAUGCCGAUGAGGCCGAUAAGUCUCGAUUUGAAUGCGCCAGUCAAAUUUAAAAAACUGCGCGGAGAAGCUCGGCCCGAGAAGGUCACGGCAAGAUUGAUCGACAGCGACGAAGUGCACUUUCAAUCUCGAAACAGAGACGUCGCGCCCACGUAUUUCACUCAGGACAAAUGAUUAAAGUCUGCCGAAUGACGACAAUAAUUAAAAUGUUGAAAUAGUCUGAUAUGUCAAACAUAUACAAAUGUCAAUAUAAAUUAUGUAAAUAUUACCAUGUGGAUCAAUUUUUAAAGUGACAAUCGUACGCAAUCAUAGACAUAUCUAAAUUACCUAAAUUUUAAAACAGUAUUUAUCACAAUUUAAUCAGAAUAUAAUAGUAUCGCUUAAUGCAGUCAAAACUAAUUGCAGACAAGACUAAUUGCUAUCUGAUUCAAAAUUUGAGAUAUAUUUUAAUUAAAUUAAACUUAAGCAACUCUAGUUUUGCGAGUUGAGCACCAAAGUUAUCGCACUUUAUAGUCAUUUAUUGUAUAACUAGUUUAUAGCACUAUUUACAUAAUUAUAAAUUAUCUCAGAAUAUCAUGUUGUUUUACGCGUGAAAAUAGUGGUAAAACACAUAUUAUUAUUGGAAGAUAGCAAGUACAACUCGUGUUAUCUAACGAUGAAAAUUGUUCAUAGCUUUACUAGAUAAUUGUUUAUUUAGUAAAGCAUCAAUACUAAUCUUUUUAUCGCAAGUCAUGAUAUGUUGUACUUACUAAUUUUAUAAGUUCUUUACAAAUUAGUAUGUGUGUAUAAUGUUUGUCCCCUAGUUUAGCUCACACACAUAAUCGGAGAGAGAAAGACGUUGAGUGUAAAGUUAAAAGUUUUCGCGUAGUUUGAAUAUACAUAUUUCUUGUUACGUAGCGUGUCGCCGGUAUUUUUUUAGUAUUGAAUAUCUAUUUUAAACAAUGGCGCAUGUACUUAACUCGAACAAAAUGUUAUUUUAAGAUUCUAGUGCCUACGAUAAUUUAACGACAGCGAAACAAAAAUAGCAUUAAAAGUAUACAUUUACAACGAGUAUUUUAAAACUAAGACGACAUAAACUAAAUAAAAAAAGAUAAACGUAAUGAAAAACUUUGUCGCGAGCAAAGAAAAAUAUUACGUUUAUCUUCAAAUAAUAAAAGUGAAAAAGUGAAGUAUUGUUUUAUUGAUUGAGAAGUAACGUAUAAGUUAUAUAUAUAAUUAUUGUCACACAUUUAAAAAAUUAUGAUAGAUUUAUAUAUCGUUAUUGUUGUUGGCUGCGGUGUACACCAAACAAAACAAUUCAUUUACUUAAUGAAAUUUGUUUGGAUAAAUUUUGCGGAACUUGCGUAUUUUGCAUACAUUUAUUUGUAUGUGUGUACAUACACUUGUAAUUUAAUUUAUUUGUGUGUAGAGACAUACACUUAUUUUCAAAACGCAUAUAAUAUUUCGACAGUCUGCUUUGUGUGUACACCCGCUAGCCCGUUUAAUUUGAUUUCGCUGCUUCGUGCGAUUGUAAUAAAAAGCGAACAUGGCCGUUUGUGUGCUUUUGGUGGCGAUCAAAUUACUCAUAUAAAAAUCACAAAGCGAAAAAACGAAUCGAGUCCGAUUAUCCGGAAGUCUCAUCAUUCAACUCAGUUCGUCAGAGACUUUAAUACGCCAUAUUUUCAGCACAGGGAUUGGUCUAAUGCGAAUGUCGAAGAGAAUGUUAUACCGUUAGACUCCAUUAUAAAACCCGAUGAAACAAAAACACCGUGCGAAUU